UGUGAGCAACACUGCUGGAGCAGCAGGAUCGUUCCCUGUUGUGUCUCUGGCCUCACUGCAGAUCAGGUCGAAGAAGCUCAUGGAGGUUUCAGGUCCCAGGACUGAAGCUUCGUCAAUGGAGCCUAGUUCCAAGCUUUUUUGCAGUAGAUCCGUGAGACGAUGUAUCCCUCUGGUAUAUAGACAGGAGCUCUACAACAUCCUGCGCAUGACCGGACCCCUGGUUGCAUCGCGCAUUCUGAAUUAUCUCCUGCCGUUUGUCAUAACAAUGUUUUGUGGUCGCCUGGGAAACAGUGAGCUGGCUGGUUAUGGAAUGGCUUCAGCUACGAUAAACAUAACAACUGCGGCUACAGGUGGAGGUCUUGCGCUGGCUGCUGACACACUUAUCUCUCAGACCUUUGGUGGGAAGAACCUGUACCGUGUUGGCAUCAUCUUGCAGAGAAGUGUCCUGAUCCUCCUGCUCUUUUGUUUGCCCUGUUGGGCUCUGCUCAUAAACACACAACCCAUCCUUCUUCUGCUGGGUCAAGACCCAGAGGUGGCCAGGAUAGCUCAACUCUAUGUGGUCUGUUACCUGCCAGCAGUCCCAGCUAUGUUUUUGCAUCAGCUGCAAGUAGCCUAUCUCCAGAACCAGGGUGUGAUUCUUCCUCAGAUGUAUGCAGCCAUUGCAGCCAACAUUGCAAAUGUGGCGACAAACUACAUCCUUCUCAACUGGUUGAACCUUGGGUUAUAUGGAUCUGCAGCAGGCAAUACCAUAUCUCAGAUCUAUAUUUGUGUUUUCCUAUAUUUAUAUAUCCGCUGGAAGAAGCUCCACAUUCAAACAUGGGGAGGCUGGUCAUGUGACUCACUACAGGAGUGGGAUGGAUAUAUGAAACUGGCCAUCCCCAGUACCAUGAUGCUCUGCUUCGAGUGGUGGAUUUAUGAGGCUGGAGGGUUCUUAGCAGGGAUGCUGGGAGAGUUGGAUCUUGCAGCUCAACAUGCAGUCAUUAUGCUGGCUUUUAUCAACUACAUGUUUCCAUUAGGGAUUCAAGGUGCCGCAUGUGUACGUGUUGGCAAUGCACUUGGAGCUGGAGAUAUGGCCGGAGCGAUCAUCACCAGCAAGGUCUCGCUGACCUGCACAGCUGUCUUGGCUGUUUUGCAAGGUCUUGUGCUAGCUUCAACAAAAAACAUAAUUGGUUUCUUAUUUACCUCAGACGAGCGUAUUGUGGCGCUUGUCUCCAAAAUUUUUAACGUCUACUGUGUGCUUCAGUUCUUUGACGGUCUUGUUUGUGUCUGCAUGGGUAUUCUGUUAGGAUCAGGGCAGCAGAAGAUUGCAGCCGUAGCUAAUUUCUUCGGGUAUUACUGCAUUGGACUUCCACUUGGCACCUCUCUCAUGUUUGCUGCACAAUUACAAGUUGUUGGCUUUUGGCUGGGACUUCUAAUUUGUGUAUGUGUGCAGUCCAGUUUUUUCAUUGUAGUCAUUUUUAGACUCAACUGGAAGAGAGUGACCAAAGAGGCAGUGGAACGAGCUGGAAAGAGUCAAAUCUCUACAGUGUACCCUGAUAGUCUCACUGUGAGGCACAGAGAGAAUGGGGAAGAGUAUAUGACUGUGAACUCAAAUGAUCAGGAUGGAGAGCCAGGUGUGACUCGCGUGGAGGAAAAGCCCACAGCUCUGCUCUCUACCUCUCAGCUGAUCCUCAGGAGGGGUCUGACUACCCUCGCUGCUCUUCUCAUCCUAGCUGCAGGGAUAGCCAUCCAUCUCAUUAUGCCUUUACCUGAGGUGUCUUAUGCUCUAAGGUCAAAUACUACUUUGGAAUCAAACUUUACCACACCGUCAACUCUCAUCCAUUCAACUUCAAUCUAAAUCUGAAAACAAGAGUAUAGAGCUACAAACAAUUGUUGGAGCAUUACAUACAUAACAAAUGUAUAUUAUAUUAUAUUAUAUUAUAUUAUAUUGUGUAUUAAAUUAUAUAUAUUUUUAAUUGCAAAGACAAACACUGAAUAAGAAAAUUUUAUUUUGAAAUAUCAAUUUAAAAACAUGCAGAUUUUUUUAUUUGUAGAAAUUGAAGAUCAUUAUUUAAAAUGUAUUUUAUUCACAUUUUAUUAUUCCCAGCUGGCUGUUGCAGCGAAUACUAAUGUCUUUGUUCGGGAGUGACAAGAAAGACAUAAUCCAACUUUUCCCCAGGCAUUCAUGGGUCAGAAACUCAUUUUAACAGUCACUUUGAAUGAAACAAGCCCUGCAUGGCCAUGUUCAUCAGUAAUGAGAAAGGAAAAUGCUACAAUCCCUAGUAAAAAUCUGGGAUUUGUACCUGUCCUCUGCCACAUUAAGUCUUUAGCAUGACUACAUUAGCAUUUCUGAAAAAAAAAUUAAAUAUAAAGUAGAACACGUUUAACUUAAUGCGAGAGCUUAAUGUUCAAUCAAAAGCAGUCUCUGAAUAGUAUUUUGUAGAUUUCGGCAUUCUUGAUUUGAUAUUUUAAAAUAAUUAAUGUUGAAAAUGAUUAAUCCGAUAUCCUGAUAUUUAUUAAUCUCUCGCAUACAUCCUUAAUUUAAUACAAAAUUAACUUAAAAGAAAUAAAAGGAGACCGGUUGGUGUAUGAGCAAGAUUUAUUUGACAGAUGAUAGGAAACAUUGUAUUAAACGUUCAAUUUAUGACUUAAAUGACGCAUGUUUAAGAAUUAUAAUAAGUAUUAAGCUCUCGGUUCAGAUUGCUCCGGAAAGCAGGACAGCUAGAUUUCACUCACACAUGUACAUGUAUAAUUUAAUAUUUAUCACGUUUACAAUAUUAAAAUUCAUGUGCUCAGUUCUGUAGAAAUUCAGUGCAGCUGUAUACAACACAUUUUUGUAUUUUAUUUCUCUUCUUUCUUAUUCUUUCUCUUGAAAUCUUGCCAGAUCGUUCAGCUUUUUAAACAUCCCAGUGGUUCAAAGGUUGGUGUGAGGAGGAUGUUAAUGUUUAUUUCUGUCCUUUAAAAAAGUAACCAUUUUUCCUUAAAUAACAUACUGUAUCUAUGAUGAUGCAACAUAUUAUAACACACGUUUAGAUAUUAAUUAAUUUUUGGAACCUGAUUGAUGAUUCACUGAUUUGUUUGUAAAUGAUCAUGCGGCUGUGAGAUGUAUGCAGAAACUAGCCAAAAUAGAUCAAAAUUGACAUUACCGGCAAAGGACAGUUGUAAUGAUAAACAAUUCUGGGGUUUUGAAAUGUUAAAGUCAUAUUUGUGGUUUUAAUUUGAAAACUGAAAGAGCAGUUGAAUGAAUCAUUUUAAAUGGGUUAAUGGAGGGGGAUGUGAAAAAA